AGCGAACGGUACGCGAAGCGCAUGCGCGGACGAUAGAUCAUGCCAGCAAAGCCCAUCAACGGUAUCCGUGGGCCGCGACUGAAACGUGUCUGAAAUUCGCGAAUGAAAUAUCCGCCUAAAGAAGUGUCCCCAAAAGAGUUCUACCUAGCAGGUGACGAGUGAAGAAAACAAAUCAAACAAAUAAAUAAAAACCCCAAAACCAAAUAAGCAUGCGGGAACGCAGUCAGACAACUCCCAGACGCCGUCGAGCGGGUCCCAAGCAGGCGCUUCCCGGCAGCCACGAGGGAAUCGGUGCCCUGGAGUCUCCCUACUACACCAUCGACAAUACGGAGGACAUUUAUGGCACCACCUUGCUGCCCUCGCAGCGGUGCUACGUCGAUCCCUGGGACCUGGAGAACUACGACUAUGUGCGCAAGAAGAUCGAUGAUGGUACUGGCCAGCAGGUGGAUGAAAUCCACUAUGGAGACUCCCAAAGCCCAAGUCCAAUCUACGGAAUGGGAAUGGGCAUGGCGGCUACCAUGCCACGCCCACACACACAGACGCGUCGCGUGUCGCGCUCCCAGUGCCAGCUCGAGUGCUGUGUGCCACAAAGAAGCCGGCGGAGGAGCAGAAGCAGCCGCAAAGAACCCUUGUAUACCGCCAGGAGUGAUAUCUACGGUGUCCCCAGUCGCUACGACGACUACAUGGCCACGAUGACCAGGCAGCUGCAUCUGAACAACGAUGUCAACGAUGCAGAAGAGGAAGAGGAGCUACGGGAGGAGCUCUACGCAGAGCAGCGUCAGCUAUACAACGGCUACGGUGGCUUCUCCAGUACCAGCUCCACCGAGCACCCCUCCUCCAUUGGUGACGAGCUGCCCAUUCCCCAACGACGAGCGGCCACCCUCCAACGCCGCUCGGCUCCCAUUCAGGUGCCUAACAGCAACAUUUAUGGAACUGCACCGCAUCCAAGGCGCAAGCGCAGCGGCAAGUCUGCCCCACCGCUGACUGCAGCACCGGAGAUCGACUUCCCUGCCCCGCCCCCGCUUUCACCAGCCUAUGACUACUGCAAUCCCUAUGCUACACUGCCGUACUGCAGCAUUCCGGAUUGCAGUGAGUGUCAGCAGCAAACAAAAUCCCUCAUCUACGCGGCACCCUCCACCCUCUACGGAACUCUGGCCGGUGUCGGAUCUGGAGCAGGUCGCCCACGCACUCAGUGCGAUUCCCCGCACUCCACUGGAGGCGACUCCUCGCUCUACUCGGGAAUUUACGCACGUAAAUUCGGACUGAGCAAGAAGGGUCUGCUCCAGAUCGACUACUCCUGUAGUUGGAAUGACCUGGAUCGAGUCAUGCAGCGCCAGUGUUAGGCGGGACGCAGCAUUAGCACCCACCCUGGGUGCUUAAUGUUUGGGUGCUUGGGUUUGGCAUAGGAAUACUAGUAGAGCGGAACAACAUUAUGUCCUUAAGUCAUCAUCUUAUACAAACACAAACAAUCACACACACACACAUACACAAUACCAAAUAAUUGAAAAUAUUUGUCGUAGCAACUA